AUGGCACCGUAUAAAGCCUUGUACGGCAGGAAAUGUAGAUCUCCAAUCUGUUGGAUAGAAGUUGGAGAUAGAGUUUUGCUUGGUCCCGAGAUUGUGCAAACGACCACCAAAAAGAUUAAAGUCAUUCAACAAAGGCUUAAAACUGCACAAAGUCAACAAAAGAGUUAUGUAGAUCAUAGAAGAAGGGCUCUUGAGUAUGAAGCCAGUGAUCAUAUGUUCAUUCGUGUGAUUCCAAUGAGUGGCUUGUCAAGAUUCAGCAAUAAGGGCAAGUUGUCACCCCGAUAUAUUGGGCCAUUUCAGAUUUUGGAAAGGCUAGGUCCAGUUGCAUUUGGAAUUGCUCUACUGCUAGGGAUGGGACUAGUGCAUAAUGUGUUCCACGUAUCGAUGUUGAGGGGUUACCUCCGAGAUUCGUUCCAUGUUAUUGAUUAUCAUCGGAUAGCUCUCGACGAUAAUAUGGAAUAUGAAGAAAGGCCAAUACAAAUCAUCGAUCGACAAGUGAAACAACUGAGAACUAAAGCGGUUUCCAUGGUUAAGAUAGAAUGGAAGAAACAUUAUGGUACGGAAGCAACUUGGGAGAAAGAAGAUGAAAUGGGGCAAAAGAUCAUCCGCAAGGACAUGUCAGCAACCGAAUCACUGUGA